GCCCCCCAAAAAUUAGGGCGCCGGAAUUCGGGAAUAACACCGCCCGGAAAAAUCUCUUCUUCCGCUCCUCCGAAGACUCGGAGCUGUUCCGCGACGGAGGGACGGCGGAGGGACGACGGAGAAGAGGCGGAGCUCCGCCGGUCCGACGCUCUAUUGGCGAGUCGCUCCUCCUUCGUCUUGCUUGCCCCUCCUCCUCUCGUUCUGGUGGGAAAAGGUAUAUUAGGAGAGCAUGGUGGACACAAGCGAUAUUGGUUUCAAGUGGGGUAAAAAGAAAGGAGUCAGUGUAAAGAACCGAGAGAUCAAGUACUACGAAUCCUUCCAUUUUGAUGGCGUUGAGUACAAUCUUUAUGAUGAUGUUUACCUAUAUAAGGAAGGUGAGCCCGAGCCCUACAUUGGGAAGCUCGUAAGGAUCUGGGAAACCCCAAAUAAGACUAGGAGAGUGAAGGUACUGUGGUUUUUCCGUCCCUGUGAGAUUGUCAAAUACCUAGGAACUGAACAGCCACUUGAGAAUGAAUUAUUCCUGGCAUCCGGUGAAGGUGUAGGUCUUGCAAAUGAUAAUCCUCUGGAAGCAAUUGCUGGAAAAUGCCACAUCAUCUGCACUUCAAAGGACGCAAGGAAUCUGCAACCUUCACCUGAAGAGCUUCAAAAAGCUGACUUUGUGUUUUCGCGUACAUUUGAUGUCGCGAACAAAAUAAUGGAUAAGAUAGAUGAAAAAAUUGCUGGCACUGAAGUUAAGAACAUCUUUAAUAGAAGUCCCAAUCGCAAUGGUGUUGAAAAGGUUAUCUGUUCCGACAAAGAGGAUGAAGACCCUCACAAUAAUGCAUUGCUAAGUGAGGCAAUAGUUAAACCAUCGGACGAUCACAAUAGGCCAUUGAAGAAACGAAAAUUGGAUGCUUCAGAGAUAUUCUUGGGGAAUGAGCUCAAGAAUGAUGAAGGCAAGUCAACUGAUGCUGUCGGGCAUCAGACUCCACUACAAAGUGGAAGUGCAUCUGAGAAUAAAUUCAGAAAUAAAAAUCUCAUUGAAUCUCCAAGAGGAAAGAGAGGCCCCUUUUUGAAGCCAGAGGAGAAAUUGAUGGAACUCUCUCGUGGGAAGUUGGAUGAAGUGUCCUAUCAUCAAUCUCCUCAAAAGGAUGACAAAAACAACUAUGAAGCAUUGCAAGCUCCUUUGCCAAUUGAUGUUGAUAAGAACACAUGGUUCAAGGAGCCUCCUUUUGAAGAAAGAAUGCAGGCUGCAUGUGAGCAAGGAACACUUGUUCUGCUUCAAAAUUUGGAUCCAACUUAUGUCUCGACUGAAGUUGAGGAUAUAAUUCGGCAAGGCUUGAAGGAGAAAUGCUCAGCAAAGAUGCUUCCACAGACUACAACUUCUAGCCCUCACUCUGGUCAAGCUUUUGUGAUAUUCAAAACUAAGGAAGCAGCAAAGACAGCCAUCAAAAAAUUAGAGACUGGAUGCUUGGUGCUACCUGAUGGAAGACCUCUUGUCGGCUGUGUUGAGACUCCUUGCUCUCCUGGGAAGCAGUCAACAUUUAUUGGCCAUCUUGUAAUUAGUAAUCCAAAGCAGCCACAGACUCGGGGGACAAAGGAAGCUGUAUCUACUUCACAUUGUUCACAGCCUAACACCAUAGUAUAUGAUAUGGCAAUGGAGUGGUGUUUGCUACAACAAAAAUCAGAUUUUGUUUUGGAUAAGUUAUAUAAGAGGAGAAGCAGAGGAGAUUUUUUGGCAUUUCUGCUCCACUAUUUAGGCAGAUUUUGGUAAGAGGCAAAUGUAAAAAAGGCAAAUGUAAAAAUGCGCUCGGCUAUCUGGUUGUAGGGAUGCUGGGGAAUUUUGACCAGUAACUUAGGUAAUUUUCAAUCAUCUGGCAACAACCGCUGGCUCUGGGCGUUUAGAAACCAAACCUUUUGCUUCUCCUCCUAUAACGUAGAUGUGUAUAUACCUAGUCUACUCUUCCCGGUUCUUUUUUGGGCUGGUUUUAACUGUUCUUCUCCAUCUGAGGCGUUUUUGUGAUGUUGAUUUUUGGAGUCCCUCAGAAGAGUCAUUCCUUGAAGGGAAUGGUGGCAGUUAAGGCUUCAACAAAAAUAGACGUCAGCCAAAUUCUGGAGUUACUACAUGUUGCGUUGCGUGGUGAGAAAAUUCACUUGCGUGAUGUGUUUAUGCUGUCUGAAUUGGGGAGGAGAAUAGCGCAAGUGGUGUAACUUUCGUGUGACAUUUACUUAAAUAUUACAACUUUUUUUUU